AUGAAUGAAAGUAAAAGUAGGAAUCCGUAUCGAAUAAAAAUUGCAUUGAGAAAGAAUUUGCAUUUUACAAAACUGCAGCGUGAUUUUGAUUGGGGAAAUUAUCAUCUACAUUGCCCUUUAAACAAAACAGCAUUCCGUAAAACCCCAAAACACGCGGGUGAUGAUGAUCAAAAGCAACACACUCAUGACGGGAACCCGGAUAUGGAGCAAGGAGAGAAGGAUCCCAAAACGGACCAGGUCCUCCGUGAUGAGAGCGGCGACUGCAAUGUAAGACUAGUAGAUGAUGUCCUGUUUCCCGUUCUUAUGAAUUUUCUCGAGUCUACUUCUGCUUUUUUAUAUCGCUACUUUAUUGUUAAUUUUGGCUACUUUUGCCCUACUUAUGGAUAA